UUAAAACCAAAAAUCCUUCAAACAAUCAAACCGACGUUUUUCUUGAAUGAUGUGUAUGUUUAAGUAUUUUAGGAACACAAAUGCACGUCUUUGUACACAUGUGAUCACACUGGUGAAUAGAAUUAGUUUUUCAUUUUAUCUGAAGUAUCUCAGACUUCCCUCUUCCAGUUGGAAUUACGUGGCCCAUCAGUCUUCCGCCAUCAAACAGUGGGCUGCUGAGGAGUCGAUGGAGAACUUUAUUCUGUAUGAGGAGCUUGGGGCAGGCAGUAGCUCUGUGGUCUAUAAAGGAAGAAAGAAGGGCAAUCUCAACUAUGUAGCCAUCAUCUGCGCCAACAAAGCUGGGAGACCUCACAUCACUAACCAUGUACGUCUCUCACAUGAUCUGAAUCAUCCUAACAUAGUAUCCUUCUAUGAGUGGUAUGAGACAAGUAACCACCUCUGGUUGGUGGUGGAGCUCUGUACAGGUGGAUCCCUGGAGUCUGUGAUUAGUCGUGAUGGAUGCCUGUCAGAGGAUGUGGUGAGGGGGUUUGGAUGGGACUUGGUCAAAGGACUGAAACACAUCCAUGAAUCAGGAAUAAUUUUCUCUGACUUGACCCCUGCUAAGAUCCAACUUGAUGGCAGCGGCAGUCUGAAGUUUGGUAACUUCUGUAUGUCUAAGGCAGAGGGAGAGACAUUGGAGGAUUUAUUUGCCAUGCUCUCUACAUCAGAUGAGGCAAGGGAAGAAGAUAGCAGGGAGCACUUUGAAAACAUGAGUAAAAGGCUACAAGGUUCUCCAACUUACAGUGCUCCUGAGGUUUUGCAGGGAUCAGAAACGAACAUGAGUUCUGAUCUCUGGGCUCUGGGUUGUAUACUCUACUACAUGUACACUGGGAAGCCUCCAUUCAGUUCUGACAGUAACACUGAACUGACAGACAUGAUUUUACGUCAGGAACCGCCACCUCCAAGACAGACGCAGUUUUCAUCCAGUCCGCCCAGUGAGGACUUUCAGAAUCUCCUGAAAAGGUUGCUAAAUAAAAACCCAGAUAAAAGGAUGGACUGGCCAGAGUUACUUGAACACCCUCUCUGGACACAAGUUCUUAAAGAGGAAGACGAUGUAGCAGGGGCGGAGGAGGACAGAGAACGGCAUUGUGAAGAAAUAACUAGCUUGAGAUACACAGAGGUCCAUGACCCUAUCUCUCCAGAGCAGGCGGACAAGCCUCUCGACAGCCACUCAGCCAUAGCACAGCCAGUCUAUAUGACUUAUAACAAACCCAUCUCAUCAGAGACAACAACUGCCAUAACUCACAGACCAUCUGACAGAAGGCCUGGUUGCCAACAAGCUGUCAGACACACAACCUGCGGAGCCUCAAGGAAUAACCAGGGCUUGGAUAGGGAGAUAGGGAAGGAGAGAAGAGGAGAACUGGAGGCAAAGACAGAAGACGACCCCAAGCUAACUGGGGCCCAGCAGUUCACCGUACUGCAGCCUAAUAAGUCAUUCACACUAGAUAAUGUAUCAGAGCUCAGGCCAAAGAGUGGCGUAGAUGAAGACAACACUGAGGCCAUUUUUCUGCUCAGCUCCUGUAUCAACUCCAGAAGGAGCUGCAGCAUCUCAGAUUCUCUGAACCAGUCACCUGUACCCCAGGCCAGAUCUGGUUCUGACAUCUCAUCCUGUGUGAAAGCUCUUCUCCAUACUGACUCUGAUCUAAUUGUCACCCCAGUCAUGGACAACCCCAAGAUUCUGAAGAGUCUGCCUGUCCGAUUUGAUUCCAAAACUCUUUGUGUCCCAGCCUAUUCAGUUGAGAAGUUGCAGUCCCUGAGUGAUGAAGAGUGGGCAGUAUUCCUCAUACAGCUCCAUUCGUCCCUUGGAGAACAGAACCUCUCAGCUCCUCUCUCCACUUCCUCCACUGCUCCUCCUCCUUCCACCACAAUUCGAGCCAAGCUCAACCUGCUAUGCUACCUCUGUUGUGUGGUUGGACAUAAAGUUAUUGCCAACAGACUGAUUAACUCAACACUGCUUCCAUUAUUGACCCAACAAUUACGACGAUCUCCUAACUGGGAUGUGCGAAGCAAGGUUCUCAGAGUGAUGGGUCUACUUGCACUACACUGUACUGAACUCAGAGAGGACAUUCCAGUGUCUGAGGUUGUGUCCAUACUAACUGAUCUGCUGAGAGACAACAUGAGGAACAGUAAAAUAAAGCAACUCCUGAUGCCGCCACUUGGGGAGUUCCUCUACCUCAUCACUUCUCAGGAGGAGAAGAGAGGCUCCCCAGAGGGACUGUGGUUCGUUCCCGCUGCCGCCUACACUGGCUUAAUGAGGAGCCUGCGGGAAGGGGAUGAUUCCAUAAUUCAUCACAUGGCUGCAAAAAUCAUAGAGAACAUCUCCACUACUGUGUCUGGCCCCUCCCAUUAUCUGUUUUCCACAGAGAUAGGCUCUGCCCUGUGGUACUUGUUUACUCACUCCACUGUUGAGGCUGUCAGAGUCACUGCCAUCUCUUCUCUUUCGAGGCUAACCCGGAUGGUCCCAGCAGUCUUCUUGGCAGUGAUUGACACCUGUGGCCCUGCGGCUAUCUUGGAUAGUGUGGGAGGAGCAGGGGCCCGAGUCCAGCAGCACCUCCUUACAGCCAUGGCCACUGCCUUGCUCACCUCACGCAUUCACAUACACCGCGUCACUCAAAACAGGGAUUUGGUGUUGAAGGUGCUACGCUGUCUAGAGAGUCCAUCCACAGUAACAAGAGCCAAAGCAUCACUACUACUGCUACUGCUCAUACAGGACAACGCACACACACUGCUUUUCUGCUGUCAACACAGACUUGUGAUGUACGUGGAAAGAGACCUCCGCAAAGCCACGCCCCUCAGAGAGAAUCCCAGCCAAUCAGGAUACCUGUCUCAGUGUCUGGAUUUAUUGAUUGUAUAUAUGAGUAACACUGCACCACUGAUAAUGGAGGAUGUCUUGUGUGCAUUACGAGGUGUGAUCGGGAGGAGACACCCAUCUACAGCUCAAAGCAGACAGCUUAAACACACUUUGCCUACAAUGUCCAUAGUGCUGGAACUUCUUUCAUCACAGGUCUUUAGAUCUCAAAUAGUAACGGAAGAAUUUCUGGCUCAAAUUGGACUCCUCCUGAACUAUAUCACCUCCAUAGAGUCAAACGAAACAAAUCUGGCCAGUGCUUUGGGCGCUGCAGUAUGUGAGGAACUGAUCAGGACUUCUCUGUCCAUUGUGGAAGUCUUUAGCCAGCACCAUGCUCUCACCUCUCCACAUCAUAGUGCUGUUGUGAAUGACAUCCUGCCUCCUCUGACAACACUGGCUUUCAGCAGAAAUGUGGAGUGGUCUGUGUUUGUUCUGAGGGUGCUGUCUGAACUCAGUCUCGUCCUGCUGGUUCAGGAGAAUGAUGGGACUGAGGACAAUGAAAAAACAGAGGAAAAGAAAGAGAGAAGCGAUAAAGGAGGAAAAGCAGCAGAGGGAGCAGAUGAUGGAAGCUCCUGUAGUCAAAUGUUAACUCUCAUCCUUAAAACUCUGCUUCCAAGGUAUGAGUCUCUUCUUCGAGCAGUAGAGCCCAUCCCACUGUAUGCGCUCAAACUCCUGGUAUCGAUGACUGAACACAGCACGCCUAUCUGCAGGUUGAUCAAACACAGUAGGAUCCUACCAACAGUCUUUCAGCUCAUUAUGGCUAACAGUAGCAAUGUUACCAGUGGGUUGAUCCAGAAUGCAGUUGCCUUGCUAUGUAAUCUUAGUGGAGACACAAUCUUGGACCUGGAGCCACCACACCAACAAGGUUUAAUUGAGUUGAUGGUGAACACCCUGUCCGAAGCUGCACUCGUCCACCUGAAUGGAGAGGGUCAUGCUGGGAGGAAGGUCAGCCAUCUUGUGUUACAAGCCCUUUUGGAACUGCUUCACAACAUCCUAAAACAAACAUCUGUUGUUGUUCGCUCAGCACUGCAGAGCCAGAGGCUAUCUUGUCCAGCAGUAGAGAUGGAGGCAGCAGAGAAGCUGCUCCUAGAAAACCGACCCCUGAGUCAACUCAGCAUACACCUCAUUCACAUGCUGUCAGCUGAAAACCAGGAGGUUUGGGAGGAGUCUAUUCAAUGUUUGUCUCUUCUGGUUCAGCUGUAUGGAGGAGAGGGUUACGACUGUCUGUCACCUUCCUGUUUGCAAAGCUUUUCCCAUGUGCUGCGCACACACAUACACACAGAGACCCCCCGAAUCCAACGCACAACACUUAGGAUCAUCAAACGACUGGUGCAAACUACAGAGCGAUCUGAUUGGUUACAAUGUCCUGAAGGAGACGGGUUAAGGAGUCUACUGGAAGAUAUAACUACAUCCAAUAGGUGUCAUGUCGAUGUGGUUCCACUGGCUGCUGAAAUCCUCCAGGAGAUCUCUGGAUCCUAAAAGCAUUUCAUCUUCAAACCUGAAGAAAACCAGAACCAUUUCAGAACUUUAAAGACAAUUACGAUUGGUAGUCUGUGUUGUCAGGUAACAUCUUUUCUGAUUUAUCAUUUUAGAAGACUGUUCUUAAAAAAGGUUUUCAGUUUUGAAAUAAAAUGUGCAUUUAAGAAUAUAAAGAAACUGGGCUGAAUGUA